AUGCCAGGUGAUCAAAAACUUCUGCGAGCCUUUUCGGGCAUUGACAAGAUUUAUGUCAUCAAGAGAGAUGGAUCGACGGAAGGUGUUCAUGUGGAGAAGAUCAUGAAGCGCAUACGUGCUCUCUGUUAUGGCCUUAAUGAGUCCUACAUCGAUGUGGAGGCGGUCACUCGCCGCGUUGUCGCCGGUCUUUAUCCAGGGGUCACGACGGCGGAACUGGAUAACUUGGCAGCAGAAAUAUGUGCCACCAUGACUACGAGGCACUACGAUUACGAGACUUUGGCAGCCCGUCUCGCUAUAUCCAAUCUACACAAGAAGACAAAGUCCAAAUUUUCAGAAGUAAUGGAAGACCUUUACCAAUAUAUUCAUCCACGAACCAAACGGCAUUCACCGCUUAUUGCCGAGAGAGUUAUCGAGAUCAUCCGGAAAAACGCAGAACGAUUGGACAGUGCAAUCGACUAUCAACGGGAUUUCAACUACAACUAUUUCGGGUUUCGAACAUUGGAGCGGUCAUACCUUCUAAAAAUUAAGAAUGAAGUGUACGAACGUCCUCAACAUAUGGUAAUGCGCGUGUCAAUUGGGAUUCAUAUGGACGAUAUCGAUGGAGCAAUCGAAACCUACAACCUUAUGUCCGAAAAGUGGUUCACACACGCCUCCCCGACGUUGUUCAAUGCCGGAACACCUAAACCGCAGCUGUCCAGCUGUUUCUUGUUGACGAUGAAGGAAGAUAGUAUCGAAGGUAUUUACGAUACAUUGAAGCAAUGCGCCGUCAUUUCGAAAAAUGCUGGGGGUGUUGGUUUGAAUGUUCAUUGUAUUCGAAGCCUGGGAACCUACAUUGCUGGUACCAAUGGUGAAUCGAAUGGGAUCAAUCGCUGGGGAGAGGAGUUCGAAGCAUUGUACACGCAAUACGAGAAGGAGGGUCGUGGACGUCGUACAGUCCGAGCCCAAGAAGUGUGGCAUGCCAUUAUUCAAGCUCAAAUUGAAACGGGUAAUCCGUUCAUGCUUUACAAGGACGCAUGCAACCGCAAGAGCAACCAACAGAACCUGGGAACGAUCAAGUGCAGUAAUCUGUGCACUGAAAUUGUGGAGUAUAGUUCACCAGAAGAAAUUGCCGUUUGCAAUCUGGCGUCUAUUUCUGUCGGUCACUUCGUCGACCCCGAAAAGCGAACCUUCGAUUUUGAGAAACUCCAGUACGUGACGCGCGUGGCAACACGCAACCUGAACAAAGUGAUAGAUGUGAAUUUCUAUCCGGUCGAAGAGGCCUAUCGAUCUAAUAUGCGACAUCGCCCCAUCGGGCUCGGGGUUCAAGGCUUGGCCGAUGCGUUCUUUCUUUUGCGCUACCCGUUUGACAGUCCAGAAGCAAUAGAACUUAAUCGUCGUAUUUUCGAGACUAUUUACUUCGCGGCGCUUGAUGCUUCUUGCGAACUUGCUGAACAACUUGGUCCAUACGAGAGUUAUGAAGGCUGCCCAGUUAGCAAAGGAAUCUUGCAACCGGAUAUGUGGGGAGUUGACACAGAAGAAUUGUCCAAAGUUUCCGGUCUCGAUUGGGCGGGACUGCGUGCACGUAUCAAAAAGUUCGGUCUACGAAACAGUUUGCUCAUGGCACCAAUGCCUACGGCAUCUACCGCACAGAUCCUGGGUAACACCGAGUCCAUCGAACCACAGACCAGCAAUGUCUACUCUCGUCGCGUUCUAAGCGGCGAGUUUCAAAUCGUUAAUCCUUAUUUGCUCAGAGAUCUGAUCCAAUUGGAUUUAUGGUCUGAAGAGCUGAAAUCUGCUAUCGUAGCCAAUCAAGGCUCUAUCCAGCACAUCCAGGGAAUCCCGGAGAAUUUGAAACAGCUCUACAAAACCGUUUGGGAAAUAUCUCAGAAGACGUUGAUCGACAUGGCUGCAGCUCGCGGUCCAUUCAUCGACCAGAGCCAAUCACUGAAUUUGUAUUUGGCCCAACCCAGCUACGGAAGGAUCACAAGCAUGCACUUUUAUGGAUGGAAAAAGGGCUUAAAGACUGGUAUGUAUUACUUGCGCACUAGGCCGGCGGCAGACCCUAUAAAGUUUACUAUUGACAAAACCAGUGUACGAGCGCUCAUGGAACGCGGUGUGACGAACACUUCGAAUGGCCCAACGAUCGAUCCGGAAGUGGAGGCUCAAGAAGAGGCUCGGAUUAUGGAGGAGAUCAAACGUCGGAAUGCGGAGAGUAUUACGUGCAGUCUGAACAAUCCAGAGGGUUGCUUGAGUUGUCAAGGCUGA